UGUCUGCUCAGACCUGAAGUCAGUGUCUGUAAAGAUGGUGGAGACACUGGAGAGAGCUGCUCUCUGCAUCCCCCACCUCAACGCCUCCUGUCAGGUGAUGCCUGCUCCUCCCAAAGUGACGCUGAUCAAAUCUGUACUGUGCUGCAUCGCUCUGCUCACUGUGAUACUCAACUUGCUGGUUGUCAUCUCCAUCUCCCACUUCAGGCAGCUCCACACACCCACAAACUUCCUCAUCCUCUCCCUGGCUGUGUCUGAUUUGCUUGUGGGUGCCACAGUGAUGCCGAUCGCAGUCCACCUGCAGUUCUGCCGGUUUACGAGUAAAAUCACAUGUGAUCUUUUCUGCCUGCUGUCCUUCAUCCUCACCUCUGCCUCUGUGGGAAGCAUGGUUCUCAUAUCAGUGGACCGUUAUGUGGCGAUAUGUAAACCUCUGCUCUAUUCCUCCCUGAUAACAAUAAGCAGAGUUACAAUCUGUGUGUGUCUCUGUUGGAUCUGCUCUGUUUUUUACUGCUUUGUCAUCCUGAAAGACUACUUCACACUAACAGAUAUGUCCAAUUCCUGCUAUCAAAAAUGUGCAAUUAAGAUACAUUUCAUUUCAGGGGCAGUAGACCUGAUUGUCACCUUUGUUGUCCCUGUUGUUGUAAUCAUAGUUCUCUAUAUGAGAGUGUUUGUGGUGGCUGUGUCACAUGCACGUGUAAUACGAUCUCAGAUUGGAUCUGUCAACUCAAAAGCAGUAGUUAUUAAGAAAUCUGAGCUGAGGGCAGCCACAUCUCUUGGAAUUGUCCUUCUUAUAUUUGUAUUGUGUAUUGUUCCAUAUUACUUAAUUUCUCUGGCAGAACCAGACAGUUUCAGUACUAAUCCAUCACCUCAAAACUGGGUGUUCUGUUGUAACUCCACUUUCAAUCCUCUGAUCUAUGCCUUGUUCUACCCCUGGUUCAGGAGAGCUGUUUCAUUCACUGUCAGUCUUCAGAUACUGCAGGCCAGCUCUCGUGACACCAGAAUAAUGAAGAGUUAAGCAACACAUUGUUCAUUAACUGUCUUAUGUGAUAAAGAUGAACUCAGUCUAAUUGAAGGUGAAGUAAACUCCUCAGUUUUACUGCCAGGCCUCAACACAUUUUAAUGAACAAAGUAAAAAGUUGAACAUAGUUGAUCUUUUACUUUGGUAGGACAGUAGAGAAAAAUAUAUGCAGAAUUUAAGCUGCUACACUUUCAAAACAAACUGUCAAAGCUCUUUCCCUACAUGUGUCCCUUCAGUGUUACAUUACAGUAGAAUUAAACUGUAAUGUUUGAAAGAAAGUAAUCAUGAAAGGUGUACAUUUGUGUUUACAUGAUUCAACAUACGUCUGUUGCCCCGUCCAAAUCAGGUAUGUAAGGUUUUAUUUUCGAUGUCUUAAUUGUUGUAAAUAAUAUUGUGCUUUAUUUAAUAACCAGCUGUAUUGUGCGUUCAUUCUGCUGAAGAAAGAACAUGAAACUCUUCAUGUUAAGGUCUUAAAAAGCAAAAAAUCAUAUUUACAAAAAGUGUGCAGAUACUCUGUGCUGUGUUCUACAGCAGCUUUUUGGUGUUUUAACAGGCUGCUGUAGAUUGUAUGAUGAGAUUCUUAUGAUAAAAGACAAAUCAGUAAUGAGCAUUUAGUUUGCAUAGUUCAGUCUGUUUAAACAUCUGACUGAAAAUCAUUCUGCAUGAUAUAAAGUUUAUGUCUAUAUUUAAUAAAAGAACUUUUGCGUGACUUUAAA